UUUCCUUUAACAACGCUAACUGCCACUUGCACUGUCAAGAAUCCUGUCUUUAGCGUUGGGUUUUCCGGUUUCUAUUUCUUUCUUUCGAAAACGAAAGAAUUGUGGAAUUAUCUCCCGCCAAAGGGGGGCGAAUGGUUAUUAACAUUAUAAAAUUUUGAAAAUUUACCCGAAUUGAUUGUGCACAAUGUCUGGAAUCGCAGCCACACGACUCGCAGAGGAACGAAAAUCCUGGCGGAAGGAACAUCCUUUCGGUUUUGUCGCACGCCCUUCUAAAAAUCCAGACGGUUCACUUAAUUUGAUGAAUUGGGAGUGCUGUAUUCCUGGAAAAAAAGGGACGCCUUGGGAAGGCGGUCAUUAUAAAUUAAGAAUGAUAUUCAAAGAUGACUAUCCAAGUAGUCCACCAAAAUGUAAAUUUGAGCCCCCGCUUUUUCACCCCAACGUUUACCCAUCAGGUACAGUCUGUCUUUCCUUAUUAGACGAAGAAAAGGACUGGAGGCCAGCUAUCACAAUCAAGCAGAUAUUAUUGGGAAUUCAAGAUUUGCUUAAUGAACCAAAUGCGAAAGAUCCCGCUCAAGUUGAAGCAUAUACUAUCUAUUGUCAAAAUCGUUUGGAGUAUGAGAAAAGAGUGAGAGCCCAAGCGAGGGCCAUGAGUCAGCAGGAACUAUAGCACUGAAAAUAAGUCACAAAACAACAAUUUGUAACAUUUUUUUCCAAUGUCUCUCAGAUGAUUGUUCUGGCAUAUUCAUCAAUAUAUGUUAUAUUAUUUCCACCUCUGUCAAAAUAAGUUUGUUUUUACUUUAUGAAAAUUAAAUAUUAAUGUUAAAUCGUAGGUUAAAGUAGUUAGUGGGCAGAAACGGCCUUUUUUUAUGAACUAAUGUAAUUCAAUUCAUUGUUUUCGAACAGUAAGAAAGUAAUCGUCCUGAAUAAAUAAGUUAUACAAUAAGUUCAGUAUUUCAUUAAUUUUUAUUUUUUUACCUUGGAGAAAUUUGAUUUAUUUGAAUUAAUGAAAAAAAGGCCAAUUCGCUGAAUGUAUGAUUUAUUCUCAUGAUUACAGACUCCACCUUUCAGUUAACUAUUUUGACAUGAAGAAAUAUAUUUUGGUGAUGUAGAUAACUAUUUAUUCAAAUUUUUUAUAUCAAUAAAUUUUUGAAACUGA